GUUUUGCGGAUGUUGAUGAUGCUGAAUUGCGCUGAAACGUCAGCGCGCUGAUGACGUGUUACCGACUCGCGCGAGGGGCGGAGCGAGACCCGGGAAUAAAAAAACCCACCGAUUAGUGUCGGGGCUCGGGGUGUGAAUCAGUGCGGCGGUGCGGCGACGCUUCCGGGAGCAGAGACACCGGACGGACAUGAGGAGCACGAGGCGCGGAGUGUGACGCUUUAACACCGGGAAUUUAUUCUCAUUCUGCUUAUUGUUCUUAUUAUUAACGGGAUUGGGUUGAGCGCGAGGAGCAGAGGGAGGAGGAGGAGGAGGAGGAGGAGGAAGGACAGCAUCCAUCACCUGCGGGCAAACCGUGAUAUUAAACACCGUGUGUGUGAGCAGUUGCACACACACACACACACACACACACGCUCCGGUUCUGUGGAGUCGCAGUUAUCUCGGUGUAACUCGGUAUCACAGCCGGUUCCGUUAGUACCGGGAGCGUGGACGGGAAACAGCGCCGCGCGGCCUCGAUAAGAUCACGAGCGCAGCGGAAGGAGAGCGGUAAUAACCGCGCAUAAUAACGGAUAUAAUAACAAUAACAACAACAACAAUAAUAAGAAGAAUAAUAACAAUAAUAAUAACAAUAACGGAAGCGGGGAAGAUGUCGGGGCAGACGCUAACGGACCGGAUCGCCGCGGCGCAGUACAGCCUGACCGGCUCCGAGGUGGCGCGCGCUGUGUGUAAGGCCACCACGCAUGAAGUAAUGGCACCCAAGAAGAAACACCUGGAGUAUCUGAUCCAGGCCACGCAGGAGUCGAACGUGAACAUCCCUCAGAUGGCCGACACGCUGUUCGAGCGAGCAGGGAACGCCAGCUGGAUCGUGGUGUUUAAGGCUCUGGUCACUACACACCACCUCAUGGUCCACGGAAACGAGAGAUUUAUCCAGUUCCUUGCCUCCAGAAACACGCUGUUCAACCUCAGCAACUUCCUGGAUAAGACCGGAUCACACGGUUACGACAUGUCCACCUUUAUCCGGCGCUACAGCAGGUAUCUGAAUGAAAAAGCGUUUUCUUACAGACAGAUGGCCUUUGACUUCGGCCGCGUGAAAAAAGGAAACGACGGUGUGAUGAGGACGAUGACGACAGAUAAACUCCUGAAAGGCAUGUCCACGCUGCAGAGUCAGAUCGACGCCCUGCUGGAGUUUGAUGUCCAUCCUAAAGAUCUGGUCAACGGUGUCAUCAACGCUGCGUUUUUACUCCUCUUUAAGGAUCUGAUUAAAUUAUAUGCCUGUUACAACGAUGGAAUUAUUAACUUACUAGAGAAAUUUUUCCAGAUGAAGAAAGGUCAGUGUAAAGAUGCUUUGGAAAUCUACAAAAGGUUCCUGACUCGAAUGACCAGAGUUACAGAAUUCCUCAAAAUCGCAGAGCAAGUCGGAAUUGAUAAGAGUGAUAUUCCUGAACUUACCCAGGCCCCUGAAAGUCUGCUGGAGUCUCUGGAGACACACCUGAACACACUUGAGGGGAAGCGGGGGUCACCGACUAAGAAGAGUUCUUCAGUCAGUAAUGGAACUCCUGCAGGAACUCCAGUGAAGACGGUGGAUGAAGUUCCUGCAGCAGCAGCAGAAGCUCAGAACACGACUGCGACUGCAGCUCCAGCCGGUGGAUUCAGUGAUUUGGUGGAUUUUGAUUUAUUAGCUCCGAGUGCAGGUGCUUCAGCAGCUCCAGCGUCCGGGUGGGGAGAUCUGCUGGGUGAGGCUGCUGCCGUUAGUUCUUCCUCUGCACUCCACUCUGAGUCUGAAUCUGUCGCUCCUGCUGAAAUCACUGAAUCGAGUCAUGAUGCUAUAGCCGAACCUGCGGCUAACGCUAACGCUACUGCUCUGCCUAGCGCUGGUGCUAAUGCUAAUGCUAUCACUCCUGCCGCUCCUGCGCCAACCUCCUCGCUGUCAGACAUGGACCUGUUCGGAGAUGCGUUUGCCCCCUCCCCGGGUGAUGGAUCAGCUUCAGCAGUGGCUGCUGAUGCCUUUAAAGGAUCUGACCCCUGGGCUCCCUCUGAGGGGAGUGUGGAAGUCGCCCCAGAGCUCGACCUUUUUGCCAUGAAGCCAGCAGAGGGCAGCACUGAGAGCCCGGCUAAUGGAGAGCUGAGCACCACGCCCACUGUCUCCCCUGAAAAUGCCCCCGAAACCACCCCUCCUGCCCCUUCUGCCCCCACCACAGAGUCCACGGCCCCCUUGGCCUCCCCGGCUCCCCCGGCCCAUGCUGCCCCUUCAGCGCUAGACAUCUUUGGCGAUAUGUUUGAUUCUGUGCCUGAACAAAACGCCUCCUCAGAGCCCAAAGCUGCCGUAACUCCCACUAACGUAGAUCUGUUCGGUGCAGAUCUUCCUGCUGUCUCUCGAGGGCCUUCACCUUUACCUGAUGCUUCAGUCACUGCUGAUCUGUUAUCUGACUCGUUCAUCACUCCGACUCCAUCUCUCGCUGCUGCUCCUGUGUCUCCGCCCAAAACUAAUGCUCCUGUGUUGGACCUGCUGGACACGUUUGGACAACCUGAAGUGGAACCACACACUUCUACAUCUACAGGAGAUCUGCUCGGAGGUUUGAUUUCCCCCGUGGCCCCGGCCGCCCCUCCUGUUCCCGCGGUCACUGCAGCAUCCGCUGCCCCGAGCGACCUGCUGGAUUCGGGCUUUGAUGCUUUUGUUCUGCCUCCUUCCAGCUCUGUGACCUCUGACCCCGUACCGGCCUCUACAGCGCCCUCUGGAGGAUUCGAUCCAUCAGUGUUUGAUGGAUUAGGGGACCUCCUCAUGCCCUCCAUAACCCCUCAGAGUACCGGUGGCAGUAGUACUCCUAUAGUUUCUGCAGCAUCUCCUAUGGUUGCUGCAGAGACGGUUCCUGUGGUAGCCCCAGCAGCCACGCCCACUGCCACGCCUACCAUGAUGCCCACCGCCAUGCCUACCAUGAUGCCCACCGCCACGCCUACCAUGAUGCCCACCUCACCCGCCAUGAUGCCCACCUCACCCGCCAUGAUGCCCACCGCUGGUCUGCCUGCUAAAGCCAUCAGUAUAGAUCUGGAUGAAUCGCUCGCAAACCUGGUCGGAAAUCUGGGGAUGGGAAGUCAGAAAAAGGACGGGGAGAAGAAGCUGACCGGUGGAGUGAACUGGGCCCCUCAGGUCGCCCCCACCAGCUGGAGCACUCCACCCAUGGCUGGGGCAACAGCUGUAGCGACUCCGCCUACUGGAACCAUGCCACCACCCUUGGGGGCGCAGCCUGCAUUCAGUCUGCCCACUGCAGGAGGUGCUGGAGCUCCCAUGAUGCCUCAGCAGAUGAUGAUGGGGCAGUCGAUGAUGAGGCCACCUUUCGCAGGAGCAGCUGCACCACUAUCUCCGGGGUCUGCAGUUCAGAGCCCCAAGAAGCCGCAGACUAAGGACCCGCUGGCCGACCUCAACAUUAAAGACUUCUUAUAAUCUGUGAGUGAUUUUGGACUCGGCUCUGGUGAAGCUGAUUCACUGAUCGUUUACACCCACAUACACCUGAAGAUCCUGCAGAUAGCCCCGCCCCUUCUUUCAUAACCACACCCCAUCCCUCCUCCCUGCGCUGUGUAAUGUUGUAGCACAAACUGUGAAGUAAACUGUAGAGAAAAAAAGAGGAGAAAAUCUAAUGAAGAGAGAGAGAGGUGUGUGUGCUUUAUCUCGAUGUGAUCUUUUGUUUUAAUGGAAACUAAACAAAAGGAGAAAAAAAGAAAAUGUAAAAAUGUUCAAAAUGUGUAGAGUUUUCGCCAAGUGUUAGCUUCAGAACCUGAAUGAUGUGUGUGUGUGUGUGUGUUUCCUGUGCUCUGUGUGUGUGUGUGUGUGUGCGCGCAGGAGCAGUGUGUAACGUGUACCUGCAGAAGGUUUUUCUCUCCUCUGUAUCUGUGGAUGAUGUGAAUCUGGUUAUUAAAUGAUGACGUGAUCCCGCUGUCGGUUCUACACACGUUCGUUUAUGAGUAUAACUUCAUGACGUAAACAUAUUCAGUAGAAAUCAUACCCGGGCUUGGAAAUUCUCGCUCCCUCUCACACGUAGACGUUUGUUUUGAGUGUCGUCGUGGUUUCCGCUCGCCGCUGUUCGUUUCCGGUCAGGUUUCUUCACUGAAAGGUUUCUAUGACAACGUGAUGGAGCAGAUGCUUUUACACAUGAAACUCCUCACACUUUUAUGUGACGGAUACACCGUGUUCGCACCAACACGCGAGACGUCACCUGAUUAACAGUGAUAACGAUUAACACGUGCUGACGAGGGCGGAGCUUACAUUAAAUUUGGUCAGCCAAUCAUAUGACAUCAGGUUUUACCUGGCGUUCGCUCGGUCACCUGUAAGAAGGAUUUCAUGUGAAAGCUGCUGCUGGAGAGGACGUGUUAACGCCUUCACGUGAAAUAAAAGCAGCGUUUUAUACACCUCUGGUUUAUCUCACCGUACACACUACAGGGGAAACGGUGUGUAACACGGACCUGAAAGUAUCUGCUGCUCGUGUAAAAGUGUGAGGCUCCGUCCGUAAAGUUUACAUUUCUAUUUACAGAAAAUACUUCGUUUUAUUUCUUGGAUUUUUCUCCCCAGUGACCAGUGAAAUAACCACACGCACUACAGUGUGCUCUAGGAAAUUACCCAUGAUCCUCUUCUGGAAUUAUUAAUCCUGCGUUCCAACACCGGUUUUUAUGUGGAGUUCAGAGCGUGUAUUUUUCAUCACAAAGUGGACUUCCUAGCUAGCGCGUUAAUUAGCACGUAGAGUAAAGCGUCCAGCUGGAGGUGCGAGUGACGGCUGAGGGGGCGUGGUAAACUCGGUGUUGGAGCACAGCCACGAGGAACUGGAGGAACGUUUCCUCUGUAGAUGAUUAAAAUCAGGAUCAUUUCACCUCAUGCAGGUGGUGUGUGUGUGUGUGUGUGUGUGUGUGUGUGUGUGUGUGUGUGUGUGUGUGUGUGUGUGUGUGUGUGUGUGUGUGUGAUGUUUCGAUCUUGUUUUUGAUCAUCUGUGGACCUUCAGUUACUGUUAAAAUCUACUGAUAGAAAAUGGAGGAAGAUUAUAUUGUUCAUUUAGUUAUUUUCUCAAUGAGUUUAUUUAUAUCUGUGUAUUUAUAAAUAUAUUUAUUUUCCUUGAUUUCGUCAUAUCUUUCUGCUCCCUGACCCAGUGCAUGUAAACCUUUUGAGAUGCAAUAAAUAAAUAAAUAAAUAAAUAAAUAAAUAAA